AUUCAAUCAUAUCCAUGAAAAAGACUAGUGCUGCAGGUUCUAAUGGAACUUCAAGUGCUUCACUCAUUCAGACGUUUAGGUAUGGAGAAUGCCAGAAGAAUCAUGCAGCCGACAUCGGUGGGUAUGCUGUUGAUGGAUGCCGGGAGUUCAUGGCCACCGGAGAAGAAGGUACGACUGGUGAGUUCACAUGUGCUGCCUGUGGCUGCCACCGGAACUUUCACCGGAGACAGGUGGAGUUGGAGGAGUCAUCUACUAACUGCAAUCAUCUUCAUCUAGCUAGCUAGCUAGGAUUGAUUCAUUAAUUUCACUU